GGCGAGUCUCAUCCAAACACAGUCUGCAUCCAACACGGGUCGUGUAAACAAUUAGUGCAUUCACCCAGUCGGCCUUCAUCAGCUAAACAAGAUGGCAACAUUAAACACCAUACUUUUCGUUUUUAUGAUUCUGGGAGCGUUUGUAAAAGCCCAAAGACCGUUUUACGCUGGCCUCAGUCCCAUAGGGUAUCCAGCCGUGGAGACUGAUUUGCUAUCGAACAGAUUCGGGGAAGACGAGGAAGCUCCUAUCGAAGUCCGAGGCGACGGCAAUCUGAUUAACCGAUUAAAUUCUUUACCAAUCGAGAACCAACCCUUCUGGUACCUGAACUGGAAAGCCUAUGAGGCUCUAAGAAAAAGACCCCAAACCUUCCAGCAAAGACCGAACAAUUUUAUCGAUAGAAAUUAAUAAAGGCAAAAAAAAAACACAAGCAUUGAAAAUCAUGAGACGGUUGCAACAAAUUCUUCAACAGUGCUUGAUGUUCGAAUUUCAAUAAUUUUUUUUCGGAAUGGCAAGCUAGACCUCAUUCGCUUUGUCGAAGUCUAUAUUAUUUGACAACAUCAUUGAACCAUAGAAGACAACAUGGCGGACAUGAAUGGAACUGAAAAUUUAAUUAGCCGUAUAGUAUUAGUAGGCAUAAAUGCCGUGCCAUAUUGUUAUAGAUUAAGUUAAUUUUAUAUUGUUCCUUUUAUGUUGAAUAUAACGCAUUUUAAAUAGUA